GGGAAACAUGGGGCCACGCCGCUGACCCCCUGCGCGCCGCGCUCGGAUGGAGGCCAGGGAUGUCCCCGUCCCCAUCCCUGCGCUGGCCACGGAGCCGCGAUUCGUCCAGCGCCUCAGGGAGCAUUUGGAAGAGGAGCAGCUCCUGGACGGGCGCUACCGGCUGCAGGAAGUGCCGGGGGGCCGCGUGGCCCUGCCAGUGGUUGAGGAGAAGCUCUCCCAGCUGCGGCUGCCCCAGGAGAUACCCUGUGGACUGGUCCAGAUCCAGGACCCCGUCCCCUCCAGGGCAGCCCGCCGGCAGACGCCUGCCCAGAAGCUGCGGGACGAGCUGCGGCGGCUGCUGGGCAAGAGCUGGUCAGAGGAGCUGGAGCGUGAUGUCCCCCGUGCCUGGCAGCGGCAUGGGGAUCUGGUCCUGCUGAGCGAGGAUUGCUUCAGGGCUGCGCCGUGGGAGAAGCUGGGUCCGGCGCUCUGGGAGACGGUCGCCUCAGCUCUGGGUGGCCGUAGGCUGGCCAGGCGAGGACGGGUGUUGCCGGAUGGGAUGCGGUCCCCCAGCGUCACCCUGCUGCUGGGCCAGGAUGGCUGGGUGGAGCAUGUGGACAACGGGAUCAGGUACACGUUCGAUGUGACCAAGUGCAUGUUCUCACCGGGCAACAUCACAGAGAAGCUGCGCGUGGCCUCGCUGCCCUGCUCCGGGGAGGUCCUGGUGGAUCUCUACGCAGGCAUCGGCUAUUUCACGCUGCCGUACCUGGUUCACGCAGCGGCUGCCUUUGCCCAUGCCUGCGAGUGGAACGGCCAUGCCGUGGAGGCCCUGCGCAGGAACCUGGCACUGAACGGUGUGCAGGACCGCUGCCACAUCCACCACGGGGACAGCCGGCAGCUGGAGCUGCGGGACAUAGCGGACCGGGUGAACCUGGGGCUGAUUCCCAGCUCGGAGGAAGGCUGGCCAGUGGCCUGCUGUGUCCUGAAGAAGGGCACGGGUGGGGUUCUCCACAUCCACCACAACGUGGAGACUCUCCCCUCACCGGCCCCUCCGCAAACCCCAGUCCUGCAGGCUGAGCGGGAGUCUCUGGAGGGAGCCGGCUCUGAUGGAGAGGUGCAGCACCCAGCGGAGGAUGGUGGCAAGGAGACACUGGGGGCCAGGAUCAGACCUGAGUGGCAGAGGUGGGCUGAAGCCACGGCGGCACAGAUCCGGGGGCUGCUGGUAGAGCUGCAUGGGCAGCCGUGGCGCACCAGCAUUCUGCACAUCGAGGCAGUGAAGUCCUACGCGCCCCACGUGCAUCACCUCGUGCUGGACCUCGAGUGCCGGCCAAUGCUGCCCACCUAGCUGGCCACAGGCCCCAGCAUGGCUCCGGCUCGCACGAAAUGCUGGUGUUGGAGCAUCAGUGGCCAGGAGAUGCUACCGUUGCCCGCUGCCAGCCUGGAUGCGCUUUAUGUCCCCUCGUUCCCAGGUGGCAUCACGGCCCAGCAGUGCCUCCCGGUCCCCAGGGCAUGGAGGGAUGUGAUUCCAUGGGAGAUCUCUCCAGAAGCUGUAUCCCAGCCUAGGAUGGGGUGAGCUGGGACCGAGAGCACCCGGCAUCCUGCCCCAAUCUUGGAAAUGUGGUGGCGCUUUCAGCCCCAUUUUCACACAGGAGAGAGAGCCACGGGGCUGAAUAAA